AUAAGUACGGUCUGCUAUGCCGUAGAAAUUUAGUCACUCACUGUAUAGUCGGUUGUCAACUCCUCCAAGUGCUAGGAGCCGGUAUUUCCAUUGCUUUUCUUCGCGCGAUCAAAACAAUUACUCCUGAGGGCUCCUCUGGUAAUGAGAGGGCCGCUGUGUGUGUGACAGUGGGACAUGGCAGUGGUUAACUUCGCCAUGUCCCCUCUACGACGUCGCAACUGCUUCUUGGUGCUCGCUUUUGUCGUCUUCAUACCCUUCUGCGCCUUCGUACUCUUCUCCGUACCAGACAUCACAUCGGAGCAAAUGUUGAUCCAGCGUCUGGCCGAGCUGCAAGUGAAGCUCCAAUACCUGGACUCGAUGUAUAGAGCCAGACAGGAGGAUCUCCAGCAGCUGACUCAGCACAUCGACCAGAUCGGUAUUCCCAACGACAACACGACCACUUUCAGCUUCCCAACGCCUGAACUUCGGCCUGAAAUCAAGCAGUUAAUCAAGAACAUGUCGGGAAUGCAUGCUGCAACAGGGCUGAAUCCGCCCAUUAUGCUGCGGUUGCCUUCUUCCUAUCACUUCCUUCCGCAUCUGCUUGACGAUCCGUCGAGUUUAAGAUUGGCCUAUUUGAUGUCCAAAGGCAGGAAUGGGGUGUCAGUAGUCAUGGGAGUGCCUACAGUGAGAAGGGAAAAGCAGAGCUAUCUGAUGGACACGUUGCAGAAUUUGAUUGAUGGGAUGAACAGCGCCGAGGCUAAUGAUUCUUUAAUCGUUGUUUUUGUUGCCGAGACUGAUUUAGAAUACGUUCUUCAAGUCGCUAAAGAAAUUGAAAUGAGGUUUCCAAUGCAGGUGGAUUCCGGUCUAAUCGAAGUGCUCUCGCCGUCUCCGGCCUACUACCCGAAUUUAGAUAAGUUGCGGAUCACGUUGGGGGAUCCCCCGGAACGAGUUAGGUGGAGAUCUAAGCAAAACUUGGAUUUCGCCUUCCUCAUGUCUUACUCGCAGCCUAAAGGAACGUUUUAUCUGCAACUAGAAGACGAUAUCCUCGCCAAACCCAAUUACGUUACCGAAAUGAAAAAAUUUGCCAUCGAAAAAAUCGCCAGAAAGGAACCGUGGUUCGUCUUGGAUUUUUGCCAGCUUGGUUUUAUUGGGAAGAUGUUCAAAAGUGCGGAACUUCCGUGGCUUAUCCAGUUUUUUCAGAUGUUCUACAACGAUAAACCAGUCGACUGGCUUUUGGAUCAUCUCAUUUUCACCAAGGUGUGCAACUGGGACAAGAACAGUAACUGUAAGCGGGAUAAGGCCAAAAUGUGGGUGCACUACAAACCCUCCCUCUUCCAACAUAUUGGAACACAUUCCUCCCUCAAGGGAAAAGUUCAGAAGCUUAAGGACAAACAGUUCGGUAAAGUGGCUCUUUUCUUUCCUCACAGCAACCCUGAUGCGGAAGUCAUCUCAGGAAUAAAGCAUUACAAACAGUACACGUUGGAGCGGGCGUAUUUAGGCGAAACGUUCUUCUGGGGACUCCUUCCGUCCCCGGGGGACCAACUCAUAUUUAAAUUCACCAGCCCAAUCUGGAUAAAAAGAUUCUUCUUCAGGAGCGGUAACGCGGAGCAUCCUUCUGAUAAGUUCUAUAAUACCACGGUGGAGGUGUUACCCGCUGAAGCGAAUCAAUACGGCAAUUCCUUGAACGUGACAAGUGAUGGCUAUAUUGUUGUAGGAAAAUUUGACAGCGUAGGUAUAGCCACUGGCGUUCCAGAUGAAAGCAUUGGAAAAAUACAAGCGCUGCGCCUUCAUGUACAUAGUGAAAGCGACAACUGGGCCAUUCUGAGUGAAAUCCACAUCCAGGACGAGUUGGCUACCAGGUGACCAGAAAUGGGCGGCCGGGCAGCUCUUUUUUACCCCCACAUUCGUCAUCGCUACAUGCUCGACCGCUCACCGUCGCACCCUCUGUGAUAUCCGAGUCGACAACCCCCAAACAUUCUCAAACCACGCGUGCAAUAUUUGCUUAUCGCAACCAUGGCAACACUAUCACAGCAAUUACCUACUCUUGAUUGUUUCGCAUUGUUCCCACCGUGACUUAACUAAAGCCCUAUUCAGCAGAUUAUAGGCUUACUACCCCCAGCUUUGAAGCCUCGCCUCUGACCACAUCUCGAUUGUUUCCUGUUUCCUGUGGCCUAAUUAAUUCUGAUUCGUCGACAAUCAAUCACUCAUUUUAGUUAUUGGCCUAAGUUUGAAUCUGCUGGAUACAAAGACGACCUUCCAGGCCGCAACGAAGCCAACUUAUGUACUCGUUUUAGAUCUGAUUUUUGCCAUCGAGGUUUAACUAGUCCAAGUUUGGAUUUUUGUAAAUAGAUAUUUUUUCAUGGUUUUUAAUGCUCAGUAUUUGUCUGUGUUGAAACACUUGCUUUCUGCAGAUAACACAAAGAGGAAAACUAAUUCCCUUUCUGUCAAUAAUUUUUUACCAGCGUACGUGUUUCAACUAAAAUCUCAGUUAAUUCCCUCAAAUAAACGUUCUCCACAUACGUGUAAACAAUGUUGAUGUCUGAUUAAAAAUAUCUAAAUGUUAAUAAUUGUAUUCAAGUGCGUGAUAUUAAUUUGACCAAAUUUUUGACUCCUAUUGGUUGCUAAUAAGUUGUAGCAUUAAGUCAGAGCCAGUCUCUUUGUAUAUUAGUUCCUUGUUGUGUGUUUUAGUUUGUUAUUUAUUUUAUGAACCGAUUAUAAUUAACGUACCUAUUGUUAUGUGUAAAUAAUAUUUUAGUUAUUUUGUUACAGUGUGAUUUUUUUAAAUAUUAUCUUGGGUUUGAUUUUAACACAUUUUAACAUUAAUUGUUGUUUAUGACAAAUAAAAUCCACUAAUAAACAAAAAACAUCAUUGUUAAAAAUGUUAAAUGUGAAAUUGAGACUGAUUGUAAAUCAAAUAUUUAAAUAUAAAUCCUAAGCAUACGCUAUGUUAUUACUUUUAUUUCUUAGGUUUAUUCAAACAGGGACCAUUUCAAUUUCAACAAUAUCAAAAUUAUGAUAAUACAAUUGUCAGCCAAAAUUAACCUAAUUUUUAUUGCAUCUAACAAUUUUAUUAUCAUGCGACAAUAUUUUCACUUGUGCUUAGUUGUGACUGAAUGAGCAAAAAAGGAAUUGUACUAACCAUCCAAACAUGUUUCAGUUUAAUUUUCUUGUAGUAAAAAUGUCGAAAAUUAGACUGGAAUUAAAUGAGCCAAAUUUUAGCACGUGUGUAUGCCUGCCAAUGUUUUUUAUUAUUAAGCCCACAAUUGUAUUAGACAGAAGUUAAUAGAAAAAAUCUCGAAAUACUUACUUUUUUACAUUAUGUUCUGACGCGUGUUAUAUUUUUGUCAAUCUUUUUUAAUUAAACUAUUAUACAAU